CCCCGCCCCUCCCCCAACCGCCCGCCUAGCAUGGUGCGGCGGUCGCGCUCGCCGACAUGGGGGAGAAGCUCGAGCUGAGACUCAAGUCGCCCGUGGGGGCCGAGCCCGCCGUCUACCCGUGGCCGCUGCCGGUCUACGACAAACAUCAUGAUGCUGCUCACGAGAUCAUCGAGACCAUCCGAUGGGUCUGUGAAGAAAUCCCGGAUCUCAAGCUCGCCAUGGAGAACUACGUGUUGAUAGACUAUGACACCAAAAGCUUCGAGAGCAUGCAGAGGCUCUGUGACAAGUACAACCGGGCCAUCGACAGCAUCCAUCAGCUGUGGAAGGGCACCACCCAGCCCAUGAAGCUGAACACGCGGCCCUCCAACGGGCUCCUGCGGCAUGUCCUGCAGCAGGUCUACAACCACUCGGUGACUGACCCCGAGAAGCUCAACAACUACGAGCCCUUCUCACCCGAGGUAUAUGGGGAGACGUCCUUCGACCUGGUGGCCCAGAUGAUUGACGAGAUCAAGAUGACCGAGGAUGACCUAUUCGUGGACUUGGGGAGUGGUGUGGGCCAGGUCGUACUCCAGGUCGCUGCAGCUACCAACUGCAAGCAUCACUAUGGCGUCGAGAAAGCGGACAUCCCAGCCAAGUACGCGGAGACCAUGGACCGAGAGUUCAGGAAGUGGAUGAAAUGGUAUGGAAAAAAGCAUGCAGAAUACACAUUGGAGAGAGGCGACUUCCUCUCAGAAGAGUGGAGAGAGCGCAUCGCCAAUACGAGUGUUAUAUUUGUGAAUAACUUUGCCUUUGGUCCUGAGGUGGAUCACCAGCUGAAGGAGCGGUUCGCAAAUAUGAAGGAAGGUGGCAGGAUCGUGUCCUCGAAGCCCUUUGCACCUCUAAACUUCAGAAUAAACAGUAGAAACUUGAGUGACAUCGGCACCAUCAUGCGCGUCGUGGAGCUGUCGCCCCUGAAGGGCUCCGUGUCGUGGACAGGGAAGCCAGUCUCCUACUACUUGCACACUAUUGACCGGACCAUACUUGAAAACUAUUUUUCUAGUCUGAAAAAUCCAAAACUCAGGGAGGAACAAGAGGCAGCUCGGCGCCGGCAGCAGCGGGAGAAUAAGAGCAACGCGACCACACCCACCAAGGUGACCGAGAGCAAGGCGGCCGGCCUCACGGACGCCCCCGUGGAUUCCGGUGCUGAGGAAGACAAAGCCGGAGCAGCCCCCGUCAAGAAGCCGUCCCCCUCCAAGGCCCGAAAGAAGAAGCUGAACAAGAAGGGGCGGAAGAUGGCUGGCCGCAAGCGCGGGCGCCCCAAGAAGAUGAGCACUGCAAACCCCGAGCGAAGGCCCAAGAAGAGCCAAACUGCACUGGAUCUCCUGCACACGCAGACCGCGUCCCAGACAGCAUCCCCCUCGCCCCAGGAUGCCUACAGGUCACCUCAUAGCCCCUUCUACCAGCUACCUCCGAGCGUGCAGCGGCCUUCCCCCAACCCGCUGCUGGGGGCGCCCACCCCGCCUGCGCUGCAGAAGCUGCUAGAGUCCUUCAAGAUUCAGUACCUGCAGUUCUUGGCAUAUACAAAGACCCCUCAGUACAAGGCCAACCUGCAGCAGCUGCUGGACCAGGAGAAGGAGAAGAACACCCAGCUGCUGGGCACGGCGCAGCAGCUUUUCAGCCACUGCCAGGCGCAGAAGGAGGAGAUCAGGAGGCUUUUCCAGCAGAAACUGGAUGAGCUGGGAGUGAAGGCCCUGACCUAUAACGACCUGAUCCAGGCGCAGAAGGAGAUCUCUGCGCACAACCAGCAGCUGCGGGAGCAGUCGGAGCAGCUGGAAAAGGACAAUAGCCAGCUCCGCAGCCAGAGCCUGCAGCUGCUCAAGGCCCGGUGUGAGGAGCUAAAGCUGGACUGGGCCACACUGUCCCUGGAGAAGCUGCUGAAGGAGAAACAGGCCCUGCGGACCCAGAUCUCGGAGAAGCAGCGGCACUGCCUGGAGCUGCAGAUCAGCAUCGUGGAGCUGGAGAAGAGCCAGCGGCAGCAGGAGCUUCUGCAGCUCAAGUCCUGCUUGCCACCCGAUGAUGCCCUGUCCACGCACCUGCGUGGGAAAGGCACCCUGGGCCGCGAGCUGGAGGCUGACCCCGGCAGGCUGCACCUUGAGCUGGACUGCGCCAAGUUCUCGCUGCCCCGCUUCAGCAACAUGAGCCCGGAACUCUCCAUGAACGGCCAUGCCACCAGCUAUGAGCUCUGCAGCGCCUUGAGCCGGCCCUCAUCUAAGCAGAACACUCCCCAGUACCUGGCCUCUCCCCUGGACCAGGAGGUGGUGCCCUGCACGCCCAGCCAUGGCAGCCGGCCACGGCUGGAGAAGCUGUCUGGCCUGGCUGUGCCUGACUACACUAGGCUCUCCCCGGCCAAGAUCGUGCUGCGGCGGCACCUGAGCCAGGACCAUGCAGCGUCCAGCAGGGCGGCCGCCAGCGAGCUGCACCCGCGAGCUGAGCACGCCAAGGAGAACGGCCUUCCCUACCAGAGCCCCAGUACCUCCAGCAGCCUGAAGCUGAGCCCUCAGGACCCUCGUCCCCCGUCUCCCGGGGCCUUGCAGCUCGCCGGGGAGAAGAGCAGCGAGAAGGGUCUGAAGGAGCGUGCCUAUGGCAGCAGCGGGGAGGCCAUCACCAGCCUGCCCAUCAGCAUCCCACUGAGCACGGUGCAGCCCAGCAAGCUGCCCGUCAGCAUCCCGCUGGCCAGCGUGGUGCUGCCCAGCCGCGCAGAGAGAGUGAGGAGCACCCCGAGCCCCGUGCUGCAGCCCCGAGACUCCGCGUCUACACUUGAAAAGCAGAUCGGUGCUAAUGCCCACGGUGCUGUGAGCAAGAGCCUUGCCCUGGCCCCUACAGGCUUCUCCUAUGCGGGCUCGGUGGCCAUCAGUGGGGCCCUGGCCGGCAGCCCUGCCCCACUGGGCCCAGGAGCCGAGCCGGCCACCUUCGAGGACUCCUCUGGCUCGGGGAGCAUCUUUGCUGCUGUGGGGUCCCGCAGCUCGACGCCGCAGCACCCACCCUUGCUGGCGCAACCCCGCAGCUCCCACCCAGCCUCUCCCGCCCACCAGCUCUCCACCAGCCCCCGACUGGGUGGGGCCACCCAGGGCCCCCUCCCCGAUGCCAGCAAGGGGGACCUGCCCUCUGACGCUGGCUUCUCGGAUCCGGAGAGCGAAGCCAAGCGGAGGAUUGUCUUCACGAUUUCCGCCGGCAUGGGCAGCACCAAGCAGUCGCCUUCCAGCAAGCACAGCCCUCUGAGUGCGGGCACCCGCGGGGACUGCGGGCAGAGCCACGGGCAGGACAGCCGGAAGCGGGGCCGGAGGAAGCGAGCGUCGGCUGGGACCCCUAGCCUGAGCACAGGCGUGUCCCCCAAGCGCCGGGCCUUGCCACCUGUGGCUGGCCUCUUCACGCAGCCGUCGGGGUCCCCCCUCAACCUCAACUCCAUGGUCAGUAACAUCAACCAACCCUUGGAGAUCACGGCCAUCUCGUCCCCGGAGAACUCCCUGAAGAACUCCCCCAUCCCCUACCAGGACCACGACCAGCCUCCCGUGCUCAAAAAGGAGCGGCCCCUGGGCCAGACCAACGGAGCACACUACUCCCCACUGACCUCAGACGAGGAGCCCGGCUCGGAGGACGAGCCCAGCAGCGCCCGAAUUGAGAGAAAAAUUGCAACGAUUUCUUUAGAAAGCAAGUCUCCCCCGAAAACCCUGGAGAAUGGUGGCAGCUUGGCGGGAAGGAAGCUGACGCCCGCAAGCGAGCCUGUCAACAGCAGCAAGUGGAAAUCCACCUUCUCACCCAUCUCCGACAUUAGCCUGGCCAAGUCUGCGGACAGCCCGCUACAGGCCGGCUCCGCCCUGAGCCAGAACUCCCUGUUCGCGUUCCGGCCCGCCCUAGAGGAGCCUGUCGCCACCGACGCCAAGCUCGCCGCUCACCCCAGGAAAGGCUUUUCCAGCACCCUGGCCGGGGCUGACACACUCAGCCCAAGCACCAACCCCUCGCAUGGCUUUGCCUUUAGCGGGGGCCUGGCCGCGGAACUCAACUUACACAGCUUCAGCGACGGUGCUUCUCUCACCCACAAGGGCCCCGAGGCUCUGGGCUCCCCGCUGAGCUUCCCCUCGCAGCGGGGCAAGGAGGCUGCGGAGGCCAACCCCUUCCUUGGCAAGAGGCAGCUGGACGGCCUAUCUGGCCUGAAGGCCGAGGGCGCCAAAGGCAAGGAGGCGGGCGAGGGCAGCCUGGCCCUGUGCGUGCCUGGGGAGAAGGUGCCCCCACCAUUGGGCAUCAAGGCCAGCAAGGGCCGGGACCGCGAGCUUGACCUCAAGAAUGGCCACAAUCUCUUCAUCUCCGCAGCAGCCGUGCCUCCCGGGGGCCUCCUCAGCGGCCCAGGCCUGGCCCCCGCGGCAUCCUCUGCAGGCGGUGCGGCCCCCGCCGCUCAGACUCACCGGCCCUUCCUGGGCGCCUUCACCCCGGGCCCACAGUUCACACUGGGGCCCGUGUCCCUGCAGGCCAACCUCAGCUCGGUGGCCGGCUCAUCUGUGCUCCAGUCCUUGUUCAGCUCGGUGCCGGCCGCUGCGGGCCUGGUCCACGUGUCCUCCGCCGCCACUAGACUGACCAAUUCGCACGCCAUGGGCAACUUCUCCGGGGUGACAGGCGGAACAGUUGGAGGUGUCUUUAACCACGCGGUGCCUUCCGCCUCUGCUCAUCCGUUUGGAGCCCGUGUCGGCCGCGGGGCCGUGUGUGGCAGCGCCACGCUGGGCCCGAGCCCAUUACAGCCGGCGGCCAGCGCCUCGGCCUCUUCCUUUCAGGCCCCGGCCUCGGUCGAGCCUCGGCCGCCCCCUCCGCCUCCGCCUCCCCCGCUCCCUCUGCCUCUGCACCUGGGCCGGCCCCCUGCGGGGCCACCCACCCUCCACGCACCCCCUAACGCCGCCUUGCCUCCUCCCCCCACGCUGCUGGCCGCUAACCCCGAGCCCGUGCUUCUGCAGAGCCUUGCGUCCAUCCCACCUAACCGCGCUUUCUUGCCCUCCGCCUCUGCCGCCUCCCUGCAGCCUGCUAACGCCUCUUUGUCUGCCAAGCUGGCCUCCCUCCCACACAAGGGCGCCCGCCCCUCCUUCACGGUGCACCACCAGCCCCUGCCUCGGCUGGCCCUGGCGCAGGCCGCGCCUGGGAUCCCGCAGGCCAGCGCCACAGGGCCAUCGGCUGUGUGGGUUUCCCUUGGCAUGCCGCCUCCUUAUGCCGCGCACCUUUCGGGGGUUAAGCCGCGAUAAAGACUUGCUUAGCUAGCAGUUCGUAUUGUGUAAGGUAAGGCCAGAGCCACGCCUACUGGCUCAUUCGAGACUGAACUGCCCUUCCCCUGGCACAGAGGACAGCUGCAGGGCCCCACAGAAGGGCCGGGGGUUCUGAGGUGGAAAGAGGGAGACAGCACCGUAGAAGGGCCUCAGGAUGGGCAGCAAGCACUGGUCAUGGUGUGGCCCAAGCGCGGGGCCUGCGGAGUUCAAGAGCGUUUUGGGGCUGUGGCUGCCCACAGUAAUCCUGGUCCUGCACCGGCCCUGGCAGGGGAGGCUCCCAGAGUGCCCUCCAGGCCCCGGUGACCUGGGCGCCGUUCUAGUUCCAGGGUUCCUGGCACGUGGCAGCCAUAGUGUCCGUGGUGGAGUUGCCAGGAACUAGGGUGGUGUGAUGGCAGCCCCACGCCAGCGUUGAGCACAGCUCCCAGGGCAGGGUGGGGAACUUGCAGCCUGAAGGCCACUGUGGCCUUCUGGGUCCUUAAGUGCAGCUUUUUGGCUAAAUUCAGAUUUUACAGAACAAAUCCUUUUAUUAAAAGGGGAGCAGUGGAGAAAGAUGAAGCUUUUCUUGCCUCUUUUGGUGUUUAAAAUUUAAGAACAAUCUUGAAAUCAGGAGGCCUAGAGCAUUAAGAAAAUGCACCGCCCGUGAGGCCCCAAUGCUGCCUACCUUCUAAGACGGGCAGGAUCUUCCAGAUGGGGGCCCCGCCUACCUGCUCUAGGGGAGCUGGGGGUGACAGGUGGGGCCACCAGGGCAGGCUCUGCACCUUAUCGGGCCUGUGGCGCCCUGUGGCUCUGGUGCAUAGCUGAGGGCUCUCAGUCCCAGAACAUCAGGGCUGAGUUGGACCCACCAGUUAAGACAGCAAUACCUUGGGGGCCAGGAGGAAGUUGGGGCGAGAGUUUGUUGGGUGCAAGGCUGGCAGAGAGCGUGCCACCCCUUUCCCCCAGGGAGACAGUGUCACCUGUAGCCCCCGGUGAGGACUGGGACAGGAGCUGGGUGCAGGACCGUGUGCUGCCGGCUGCCCUCCCAUGUGUGUGAUUGGACGCAGACCUGAGACUUGGCUGCUGGGUGGGAUCAGCGACCUGGUCAGUGCCAGUCACCAAAGGGCUGGGGACAGGUAUGCCGGGUGCUGCUGGAGUCCUGAAUGUAGGGUGGCUUUAGCUGGACUUGAUCUCUCAUCCUCAGAGGAGGCAGUGGUGCGGCCGGGCUGUGUCUCCUUGUGGGGGCUACUGGAAGAAGGCAGGCAAUUGGUGUUGGGCUCUCCGCGUUGGCCCACAGGGUCACUUGCCUCCAGCAGAGGGAGCUGGCCCUACACCUGCCUCAGACCGUCCCGCUGCACGGGGCAGCCCCGGCCCAGUGUGGCUUGUGCACACAGACCUUCGGUCCCCUGGCCUGGGUGCGUGUGGGGCGCCUCAGAAGGAGGUGUUAACAGUUCUCCCCUGCUGUGCCCCUGCAGGUAACUAGGAUUUCUACCUCAACCGCGAGACCUAUGCAAGGACGGUGUGGACCAAGGCGCCCGCUGCACGGUGCUCGCCGGCCUGCCGGGCUUCCCUGAGCAGUGAGGAGGACGGGAGGACGAGCUCUACUGUGAAUCGCGGCACACCCGCAGGAGAGGCUGGGCCUGGUCCAGUUGUACUGUCGAUAGUUUUAGAUAAAGUAUUUAUCGUUUUUUAAAAAGUAUAAACAAUUCUGACUUAUUUUAUUCCAUCUAAGUCGUCAGAGGCAACCUAUUAAGAAAUAUAAAUAUCUAUAUAUAAGAGGAUCUAUAUAAAGACGCGUGUGAAGGGCUGGCCCGCCAGCGGAGUCGCCGACAGCCCGCCUUGGUGCUAUGUCCCGGCCGCGCCCUCCACCGUGCUUGGUGCUGAGCCUAGACGCUGACCAACGCCGCCGACGCCCGUUCUCAAGCUCCCACCCCGCCCCGUUCCUAUACCAAAGGCAAAGGCACGUCCACCCCUCCUCCCGUCCCUGUGCCUGCCUGGGCCUUCCCCUCCCAACCCUGCACUGUGAACACCCAGACUGUUAACCCCGGGGCUCAGGAUCCUGCCUUUGGCAUAGGAACGGCUGGGCAGGCCCCUCCCCGUGUGCAUGGCGACGUGGCCUUGCGGGCCGAAAGGAGUAGGCCCCACACUUAGCUCUGUGGUCUGUUCUGAGUGGUGCUCUGAGGAGGGGUCAUCCGGGACCCCCAGCAGCUGGGUGGGCCUGCGUAACAAGUGCAUUUACUUUGUAUCUCUUUGCUGUUGUGGCUCGGAGCACGCGUGUGACGUGGCAGGUCGGUCGUGGGUCCCUGGUGUUUCUGUACAGGAGAGAGUCACACUGACGAGUGACAGUAUUUUAUAGAUGUGAUGAGAAUUUAUACAUUUCAUAGACUUGACUGCAUUUAUUUUUAGAUGGUAUAAUGCACAGUGAACUUAAAAAAAAAAAAAAAAACAAGGGGAAAAUCUUUUAUUUAUUCAAGUGCACAAAAGUGGCCCCCAGGCCAGCCCCACCCCAGACCCUGCCUGGCUGCAGCUCCAGAAGCCUGGAGCAGAGCUGCCACCCCUGCCGCGAGUCACCCAGGCCCGCGUUACCUGUCAAGUUCAUGUUCAUGUGCAUCACGCAUGUCUGCAGGUUCUUGCGGCUCCUGUGGGUGUACCGGGACAGGAUGUGUCUGCUGGAGCCUCGUGUCUCUGGCCCCAGGCCUGGGUUGACGCACUUCCCACCCCACACCCUGCCCCAGCCUUGGGAUGGGGUGUGGAUGGUAGAGUAGAGCAGAGGCUGAGCUUGGCAGGAAGGCAGGACCGUUCCAGGUGCUUCCAGAGGUUUGUGAAGGGUCUGGGGCUUCUCUGUUGUCUGAGCAGUGGUGUCUGGGCAGAGCCCUAGAUCCCCUGACACGGUCAGCAUUGGCUACAGGCUACCCACUGGGGUCGGUAAAUGGCAGCAGGUCCUGGCAGGGGGUGUCCUUGACCCCCGUGGUUUGUGUGUCUGGGCCCCAGUAGGCCCGUUGUCAAGUGCUUGCCCCUAUAAGGUGGCAUCAGGGACCCGCCUUCCCAGUGCUUCCCGGCCCCGCCUACCUUCCCUUCCCAGAGACUGCUGGCCACUGGCCCUGGCAGUCUGCUGUGCUCAGUCAGAGCAGGUGUGUCCCGUCCCGUCCGUCCCCCAGCGCCCUGCUGCUUGCCACCACCAGUGGAGGGAGCCCUAUACUGGGCUCCCAGCUGGGGGAGGGCCUGGAAGAACCCUGCUUGCCCCUGGGGGCCAUCCCGUCCCACCCCCAACAGUGCAUAUCUCAGAUCCCUCCACCCUAGCAGUAGACUCUGAAGAUGGUGCUCAAGACCUGCAUUCACACUGGCCCGUCCUCCCUUAGGUGGCUGCUCUGGGUUCCUUCCUCCCUUCACGUUGGUGCUCUCAGCUUGUAGGUGCUGUGCCCUGGCCUUCCGGACAGGGUGGCCACUGGGCCCAGGGAGCCAGGGCUGAGCCACCCAGUACGGCUCCCUGAGACGCUAUGGGGUUGAAGCAGAGAAAGUGGCACAUCUCUAGAACAAAACACAUUCUUUCAUAAACACUGUACGCUUCUACCCACCACCCCGGGGAUGCAGGCGGCUCGGCUGCCAGUACAGGUCUUGCUAAUAAGUGCUGGGCUUCGGCUGAUGUGCCAUGUGUAGCUCAUCCUACAGAACCAAUGUCCAAUGUAUAACUUGAGUGUUGGGAUACCAAGUACCACAUGUCUGGACAUGCUGGGUCUCAGGUGCAGCUGGCACGGGUGGAGUCUCAAGCCCGUUGGGGGCCAUGCGUGCAUCUACACACACAAUAACCGUGGUACUGAUGGCUGUGGUGGCCCCCGUUAUCUGAGCCCCAGUACUGUGCCCACCCAGAUGCCCCCAGAGUAGCGUCAAGAUGCCACUGCACAGGGAGACAGGUGGCAGAAGCAGGAUAACCAUGGGGCCUCAUGGCCCGGGGUCUGGCACUGGUGCCUGGGGUGGCUUCGCCAGGGCAGCUGUCUCGGGGCAUCAUGCUGCUGACUAUGGGCCGCUGUAGGAAAGCCUGGGGGGCUGCCUGGUGGCCCUUGCUCAGGAACCCCCUAACGAUUAAGACUGCCCCCUCUGAGGCCCUGUGAGGCCCCUUGACUGGCCAGAAGGGACUAGCCCCCAAAUGGUGACUUAUUUAUUUAUCCACCCCCAGGACGCAUCCUUCUGCUCAGGGGUCAGCGGGGGACCCCCCCUCCCCUCCCACCCACACAUCAUUUGGUCAAAUGGUCCAUCCAUCGGCUGCUUCUUUUUCUCAUGUCUCAGCCUGUUUGUAACUCAAGCUUUGCUGUCUUUACAGUGAACUCUUGUAUCUAAACUGCGUGCAUUGUCACGGUCCCCUGCGGGCUGCUGCCUGGCCUUUCCCAUGGCACUCCGCCACAUCCUGCGUUUCCACCUCUAGAUGCUGUAAUAAAGAGACUGUUUUCACUUGGA